CUUCUAAUGUCAUAAAUCGCUAUCAGCUGCCCGGGUCUAGUAUAAAUAGACUCCGCAGAGUCGCAGUUGGCACUCAUUAGCAGCCGCAGCAUAAGACAUAAUGGAUUUCAACACCGCCGCCGAGAAAGCCAAGGCAUUCACCAAGAGCCCCACCAACGACGAGUUCCUGGAGUUCUACGGCCUCUACAAGCAGGCCACAGUCGGCGACAAUACCACGCCGGAGCCCGGCGCACUGGAUGUGAAGGCCAAGGCCAAGUGGAACGCAUGGACCAAGAACAAGGGCUUGUCCCAGGAUGCGGCCAAGGCGGCCUACGUUGCCACCUAUGAGAAAUAUGCACCCAAAUACGCUUAAAUCUAUUUACCGGUUGGACUUAAAUAAAUGAUAAAUUGAUAAA